AUGGACGAGGAGGCCACGAGAGAUUUUAAUGAACGCUGUGCCCAAUGUUCAGAAGUGAACUGGGGUCUCACUGAUGGAGGCAGAUUUUAUUGCAGAUCUUGCCACAAUGUUACUGAGAGAACUAGAGAAGUUGUAAGGACUGAUUGUCUUUCUAAUACAAGAAUCCAGACAAUCUCCAAAGGUUUAAGAAAGCAGGAAAAAAUUGAUGGAGGCUGUGAAUGGUAUGUUUGUGAAGGCUUUCAGCUUGUGCUCAAGAAACAAGCUGAAGCUUUGGAAGCACUAGGAGUAUGUCCACAAAUGAAGGAUGAAAUUCUGUGCAAUUUUUGGAGGCGUUAUCUUCAGAAGAGCAAACAGGCAUAUUGCAACAGACCAGCUGGGGAAACUGUCAAAGCAUUAUCAGUAUGCGAUAGCAGUACUGAUGUGGACAGUGAACCAGAGAGACCUAGCCUUCUUCACUUGUCUCUCUCUGAAAGUGAGGGGGAUCUACAAACUGAUUGCAGCUUUGCCUCAUCAACUAGCAGGGUCUCAGAAAGCACCUCUGUGUGCUCUGGAUCGGUAGAUGGUAGCUUGUAUUUAAUGAAGAACCAAAAGGAGAAACUGAGGAUGACGAUGCCAAUGACCCUUUCAUUUUGUUACAUGGCAUUACUCUGGUUGAGAGAACCAAUGACACUAUCUGAUCUAUUAAGGUUUGUUGUUGAAGGUCAUAUUCCGUAUUUGAAUGUUUUUCAGCAUUUUCCGGAGAAGAUGAAGUUAUGUGGCCUUGAUCUUAAGAUCUUUUGUGUAGAGUCAUGGCCUGUAUAUGAAGAAGUAUACAGCAAAAUGCUUGAGCUCGCAGCAUUUUUAGACCUACCUCGUUUUCCAGAUAUAACAGACAGCUGCUUUCUUCACCCAGACAUUCUGUGCAUGAAGUACUUGAUGGAAGCUAAUUUACCUGAUGAAUUGCAUAAUUGGACUUGUCGAGUGGUGAAAAAGAUCUGUAUUGGAGAAGCGGAUUUCCUGACUCUUGUGCCUGGAAAUAUGUCAACAAGAAACGUGAAAUACGAUAUUAUUGCUGCAGCAGUUAUUGUAGUUGUGCUCAAAUUAUUGUUUCUAUUAGAUGAUCACUAUGAAUGGUUACUUUCAGAUUUUGCUGCAGAAAGAAAUAAAAAUAACAAAGAAGGUGGUCCGUAUUUUGAGUUCAAAAAGUGGUACAAGGUUAUAAAAUGUUGCUUGGAUGUGGAGCAAAAGAAAUUGGAUGAAGAAAGAGCCAAGUAUCUGUGGAGAUGUGAAAAGCCACUGUUUUAUUCAGCCGAGAAGAAAUCUAAAGUUCUUAAGAGAAGACAAAUGGUUGUGAACUUACAAAAUCAGUUUGGCAAGCUGUCUGGAUCAGUGCGACCUGCUGAAAAGCCAAAUCCUUCAAGUUUUCAGUUAAGUUGGUCUGAAGAAAACACAGAUGGGAGUUGUUUUCACGGGCAUAGCCUGAAGGGAAUUUUGCAAGAAAAAUGUGGUUUACUUACAGCCCUGAACCCUGACUAUUGGCUGUGCACAGUUAAACUAUGUAAUGAGAAAUUGUGUGGUCGUCUGGCUCAUUACAGAGAAGUGGACUUUCCCCAGAGUUACCAUUUUGUACUAAGGUUAUUCUCCUUUCUUCUGAGGAUACAGCCCUCUUAUAUCCAUGAAGAGGUGUGUGUGAUAGAACACAAACUGUUUAAUAAAAAACUCUGUAAAAAGUCAAGAUACAGGCCUAAGGAAGUAAAAAGGCCUAAAAAUAACAGUUUUAAAACUGUGUAAAUUAGUUGGUUGGAUCCCAAACCAUGGUAUUACAUCUAAACUUAGACUGAUCUUUUGCCUGCAUGGAAAUUUUCUGUUAAGAUAGUAGUGCUGAGAUCUACUACUGUACUUCAGUUGUAGUGUCAUUUUCUCUAUAAUUUAAGUCAUUGGUUUCCAGCUGGGAAAGUUACCAGGGAAACUGUUUAUCCCAAUUUAUUUCCUCACUUUGCAUCACAGCCAACAGGAAGCUAUGAAAUUACCAUCUUUUUGGCAUAAUUGUACCAUACUUUGAGUGUACUGGUCUAAUUACAUUGGGCGAUUUUUCAAUUAAAAAUAUUA